UGAUAUUGCUUAAUCCCUGGUUCCCCACAAGCACCUCCCUUCCUGCUCUUCCUGUUUCGCUUCUCUUUGCUGAUCUCCGUGUCAGACGACCGUCUUUAGCACAAACAGCACAGAUCUGCCGGACUCACAGCUGGACCAACAAGGCAGAGUGGAACCAGACCAGCAGCAGAAAGAUGAUGAAAGAACCUGUAGAAGAAUCACCAACUAAAGCAGCUUCCACGGCAGAAGAGGAGCUUGCCAGGGUGCGGUCAGCUUUUGUUUGGAGGGUGUCAACAGAAAUCCUUAAACAGCUCCUUGAGGCCCUUGUAAGUGACGGUGUCUUAAAUGAAUUGGAGAAAGAAUCAAUACUGGAAGGGAACCCAGUCAGAGCAGAUAAGGCACGUUGCUUCAUUGAUACAGUGAGGAAGAAAGGGGACAAAGCCAGCAGGAUCAUGGUCAGACAUCUUCAGACUAUAGAUCUCUCCCUUUUCUCUCAGCUGCGUUUAUACUCUGAUCCAUCUGCUCAACAAGAGGCUCUUCAAAGUUGUCAGCCUCGGCUUAAAUCUAAGUUGAAGAAGAAGUUCCAGUGUGUGUUUGAGGGGAUCGCUAAAGCAGGAAACCCAACCCUUCUGAAUAAGAUCUACACAAAGCUCUACAUCACAGAGGGAGGGACUGCAGAGAUCAGUGAUGAACAUGAGGUCCGACAGAUUGAAACCGCAUCCAGGAAAUCAGAUAGACCAGAAACCAGAGUCGGACAAGAAGACAUGUUUAAAGAUUCACCUGGAAAAGAUGAACCAAUCAGAACAGUGCUGACAAAUGGAGUGGCUGGCAUUGGGAAAACAGUCUUAACACAGAAGUUCACUCUGGACUGGGCUGAAGACAAAGCCAACCAGGACAUCCAGUUCAUAUUUCCAUUCACUUUCAGAGAGCUGAAUGUGCUGAAAGAGGAAAAGUUCAGCUUGGUGGAACUUGGAGGAAUC